AUGUCCUCCUCCGAAGGGUUACCCGCGCAGUUCGCGACAUCGUGUUCGGUCACAAACAGAGAAAACGUGGUGGUGUGCGACACCGGGACUGGGUUCGUCAAGGCUGGGUACGCCGGUGACGAGGCGCCGCGCGUGGUGUUUCCGUGCGUCACGGGACGACCGACGCUGCGAUACGAGGAGGCGAUGGCGAGCGAGGAGGCGAUGAAGGACAUAUACGUCGGUGAUGAAGCGGCGCGACGACGAGCGAACCUUGAGAUAUCGUACCCGGUGUCCAACGGCGUGGUGAGGGACUGGGAUGACAUGGGUUUGGUGUGGGACCACGCGUUCGAGCGGCUCGGGUGCACGCCGGAGGAUUGCAAAAUCAUGCUCACCGAUCCACCGUUGAAUCCAAAGGCAAACAGAGAGCGAAUGAUGUCGACUAUGUUUGAGACUUACGGGUUUCGGGCGGCGUACGUGCAGGUGCAGGCGGUUCUGACGUUGUACGCCCAAGGUCUCAUGACGGGCAUUGUAGUGGACUCGGGCGACGGCGUGACGCACAUCGUGCCCGUGGUGGACGGGUUUUCGUUUCCACACCUCACCAAGAGACUUAACGUCGCCGGUAGACACGUGACGACGCGGAUGGUUGAUUUAUUGACUCGGCGAGGCUAUCCACUUAAUCGUUCGGCGGAUAUGGAGACGGCUCGACUCAUAAAGGAGGAUUUGUGUUACGUGGCGUACGACUACAAGCGAGACUUACAAUUGGCGCGAGAGACGACGGCGACGAACGCGUCGUACACGCUCCCGGAUGGGCGAGUCAUAAAGUUUGGUCCUGAGAGGUUUAUGGGUCCGGAGUGCCUGUUUCAACCGGACCUGAUCGACGUCGAGGGAGACGGAAUCUCCGACCUCGUCUUCAAAUGCAUCCAAGAAAACGAAAUUGACAACCGGCGCGCGCUGUACCAACACAUCGUUCUCUCCGGAGGGAACUCCAUGUACGCCGGUCUUCCAUCGCGCCUCGAGCGUGACAUAAAGCGACUGUAUCUCAAGAAUGUCCUCGAUGGCGACAGAGAGGCGAUGAAGAAGUUCAAGCUCAAAGUUGAGGCGCCGGCGCAUCGUAAGCACAUGGUCUUCGUUGGCGGCGCCGUUCUGGCGGACAUCAUGCGAAGUAAAGAUGAGUUUUGGAUAUCCAAAGAAGAGUACGAAGAGCAGGGGAUAGAGCGCGCGCUAAAGAAAUGCGGCAUGUAA